AUUUUGAACAAUUAUCUAAACUUUUGGAUCCAAAUAGUGAAAAAUAUAAAAUUAUGCAAUCUAUUUUUCAAAUGCAACAAAGGUUGAAAAAAGCAAAGGAAAGUAUAGCUAAUCAAGCUUUAAUCGCAUCGCAAAAAAUUGCAGCGGCAGAACAAGCACACGAAGCAGCUAUUCAAGAAGCAGCUUAUUAUAAAAGUAAGAUAGAAAAUUUAAUAAAUAGUUUAGAUCCAAAAUAUCGAACUACAGAAAUGGAAAAAACUAUGAAACUUGAAAAACAAUUAACACAAGUUAUAAAAGAAAAUAUUCAAUUACAAAAUCAAUAUGAAGAAUAUUAUCAAAAAUCAUUUAAUGAAAAUUCAUUUACAAAUUUUGAUGAUAAUUAUUUAAUAACUAAAAAUUCUCAAAGUCCUAUUUCAAAAAAAUUAGCAGAUCUAAGAACUCGUAUAAUUUCAACUGAAACUCAACUUGAUGAAAGUAAUUUACAAUUAAAACAAGCUAGUGGUGAAAUAACAAAAUAUCAACAAGAUGCUGAAAAUUCAAAGAUGCGAUUUACACAAUUACAUGAAUCACUUGAACAACAUUAUACAGUAUUUGAACAAAUCAAUAAUGCAAUUACAACAGCAAAUGAAAGGACCAAUGAAUUAGAAAAUUUAUUAAGAAAAAGUAGAAAAGAGAAAGCUAAAUUGGAAAAUAAAGUAGCUUCAUUAAAAAUUGAUUUAGAGAUUAAAGAAGAAGAGUUAAAUCAAGAAACUGAUCGUUCUGAUAAAAUUGAAAGGUUAUUAGAAAAUGAACAAAAAGAAGGAAAGAUCUUGAGAUCCAUGCUUCAAGAAAGUAUGAAAGAAUUGUUAAAUAUUUCUUUAUGGAAAUGA